AUGGCAUCAAUAUUUACAUAUGAACCAGACCCCCCAAGGGUUUCUUCCCCAUGGUUGACGCCGGCGGACACCCCGAAAUCCGCAACCCCCCGGCCGGCGGAUGGCAUCCCACCGCCCACCGCCAUGCCCAACUCUGGGCAGCUGUCGGAUUAUGGCGUCACGAAGCUGCAGGCAGAACCUCAGGAAGGGCCUACGGAAUAUAAAUUGCAUUUGCUCUUGAGACCGAGAAGGAAUUACCGCUCAUCCAGCGCGGGACCCGUGGUUUCGGGCUCGAACCAGCACAAGCAGCAACCAACGAAUCAACCCAGCCGCACAGGAUCCGGGCCUGUUCUGGCUCCUUCAAACCAAUCGCGGCAGAAUCGUUUAGAACAAUUGACCACACAAUUAUUAUGGCGUCUACAGCAGUCCUCGCCAUACCAUGCGUCUUCUACGAGUGACCUUGUUCUACCGAAACUUCCUGAAGCUGCGCCAGUCCUAGAGGCGCCAACCAGGCCCGGGAAACUCCUUGCUGGCCUGGAGGAGAGUCGGGGAGCACUCUACGAAAUUGGAGUGUCUGAUGAUGGGACAUUUGUUGGCUUGACUGAGGAUGAAAUGGAUGAGAGCUUGACAAAUCUUAGAGCGAUGGCGGCCAGUCUGGGGUGCAAUGUUCAAAUUGUGCGUAUGGUGGCAGUCGGAGACUGCGAGUGGCAGGAAGACAUAUUGGCAGAAUCUGAGGAAGAGGGAAUUCGUAAGGCUAGGUUUUCCUCCGAUGCCGAUUAUCAGACCAAGACUCUCUGUCAUCAUGAGGAAUUAUGGGUUGCAGAAGCACUUAUUACGCCUGAUUUAAGCUCACGAGCACCUGGGAUACUGACUGGGACGUCCCGGCUUGGCAACGCCCUCUAUCAUACGUCCUUGGAUGAGCACCGCAAAUCCGGUGACCAACAUCGGAUGAAGCCUGUUGAGAGCACCAAGCAACUGCGAAUUACCCUGACUGGGCCAACCACAUCAGGGAAAUCGAGUCUGCUGGGAACGUUAUCCACUGCAACACUUGAUAAUGGCCGCGGAAAAAGUAGGCUAAGCUUGUUGAAGCAUCGCCAUGAGAUAGCAUCUGGGAUAACCAGUUCUGUCGCCCAAGAGUUGAUCGGCUAUAAAGAUUCCGAUGUUAUAAACUAUUCCUCUGGGAAUGUCAGCUCCUGGACUGACAUUCAUGCCUCUGCAGAAAAUGGACGCCUUGUGUUGGUUUCUGACUCUGCCGGGCAUCCUAGAUAUCGUCGAACCACCGUUCGCGGACUUAUUGGAUGGGCGCCUCAUUGGAUGAUCCUUUGUGUUGCUGCUGAUGACGGUGAAAAAGCUCCCCGUUGUGCUGGUGGAACCUCGUCGGCUCAAGAAAUCCUUGGAAAGGCCGGCGCUGGCAUUGACCUUGCAAAAGCACACCUCGAACUUUGCUUGAAGUUGGAUAAGCCAUUGGCAAUUGUCAUAACCAAACUCGAUCUUGCUUCCAAAACGAGUCUGCGGCAGACCUUAUCUAAAAUCCUUUCCGCCGUAAAGAGCGUUCAUCGAGUUCCGUCAAUUGUUCCUCCAGACCAGUCCAAAGUCCUUUUGGAAUCGGACCUGGCAACCAUACCGAAGUGCGAUGAAGAUACUCUUCAAACAAUUGUUGACAAAAUGAACGCUUCUGGUAGCAUGACAUCAAUAGUUCCUAUCAUCAUGACAAGUGCGGCCAAAGGUACUGGAAUUCGGUCAAUGCACGCCCUACUGCAGAGGCUUCCAAUCCCACCUACCCCAACCUCUCAUGACUUUGUUGGCCGGGCGCUCAACCCAGAACAACCUGCAUGUUUAUUCCAUAUCGAAGAUGUUUUCGGUGUUCCCGCCUCAUAUGAGCCACUUGCGUCUAAAAGCGGUGCCGUAGUCGACACGGGGGUCGUGAUAGCUGGCCAUCUGCGAUUUGGUAGGUUGUCAGUUGGUGAUAGCAUCGUCGUUGGCCCAUUUCCAGCUGAACUAGCCGAGGAUGAUUCGCCCGCAAGCAAGUCAGGGGCACGAUCAUCCCCGACUAGUUUUGAUGCAUCUAUGUCCCACCCAUCUGCCACUGAGCUUUCACGGGUCGCUUCUCGUAACAUGGCAUCGGCAUCUGUCACCAAAGGGGAGUGGCAUAGCGCCCAUAUUGUCAGCUUGCGCAAUCUUCGCCUUCCGGUGCAUACAUUGGAAGCUGGUCAGGUUGGGACGCUGGGCAUUGUGUUUGAUCUGCCUAAUGAGGAGCUGUCGAACGGCGCGUCCACACGUCCACCAACAACACCCCGAGUGCGCAAAGGUAUGGUUGUGGCUAUUCCUAGCCGGCACAUGAUGGAAACAGGGCAUACGCUACAAGCCGCAAGUGGGUUCACUGCCUCGUUCGAGGAUGGCGACAUCAACUCUGUAACUCCUGGAAGUUUGGUGGUUGUAUAUAUUGCUAGUAUCCGUGCAUCCGCUAGAGUACUGCAAGUUGCUCCCCAUGAAGAGAACGGCGAUAAUAUUCGUGCCGCCAAAGACAUGGCAGACAUAGAUGAUAUGUUCGGGUUAGAUGGAGAGGAGGAAGGAGAAGAGGACCCCGAGCCUCUUAUUUUUGGCUCGGACGGUGUUACCGACUUGACUUUUGAAUUUAUUACAAACCACGAGUGGAUAGAGCUUGGAUCUCAGAUUUUGGUUAUGCCUGGUGGGGGACAUGGACUGUAUUAUGGGUCUGAAAGGGGUGAGAAAGGUGUCGCGGGACUUGAAGGAUUUGCUGGUACAGUUAUAGAAGUCGCAGACUAG